UCCGGAGUCAACAAUCCCGUCUAAGCGAGUGGAAGCGAACGUCGGCACAAGUCAAAGUGACAAUUCACCUGCCGCGGCUGAACACGAGUUGCCUCCUAAUAUCAGAUCUGACGCACAUGAUUACCUCGACAAGAUUAAGUUGGGCGAGAAGGAGAUGAGCGGGCAGGUCACAGAUGCGGACGUCAGCUGCACCCCACACCCCGCCCCCGGCCCCCACAACGCCGACGGAGGACUGGGGAGCAGGAACGACGGCGGCGCACGCGGCCGCGGAAUGACAACAUCGCAAGAUGACCGAGCAGGCGGCAUGGGCAAGCGCAUUCCGCCCGGCGCACGUAAUAUCGCCACCGAGUUGACCCAGUUAUCCCAGCCUGCCUCAACGUUGCACGCCUUGCAUGCAUGCCUGCAUGCCUGUCUGCAUGCCUGCCGGUGCGUUAUCGCAAUCAGCGGCGUUGAGUUCGGCGUCAGAGACGGAGACGAAUGCCGGACGGACGUCGGGCGAUUCUCCCGCCGUCCGCCGAUGUGCCUGUCCGGAGGUCCGCUAUCAGCUGAGGAUGGCACCGCUGUGUCAACAAUCAGGCUGAACGCCGAAUGCCGCGGCAUGGGUCGUCGACGCUGGCGACGGGCCGACUGCACACGUGCCUCCGGCCCCAGAGCGAUGCAUGCUUGCUCUGGUGCAUGCGGGUUGAGGCGAUGCGGGGAGAGGAGAGGCGCAGCGCAGAAGAGACGUGCGGAGGCCCCAAGAUGGUGAUUUUCGAGCGGCGUGUUAUUGGCGGAGAUUGGCGAGG